CACCCAAUAGCAUUGAAGUAAACACUGAAGAACUCAAGACCAGCAUGGACGACAAUUUUACUCUGUUCCGUCCUUGAACCCAGACACCUAUAUGAAGGAAGAUUAGGGCUGUUGGGAAUAGUGCAAUUUACACCGCACAGUAGAUUAGCUAUGGUAGCUAACGCUAUAUUGGUUUGAGAUACAUUAUGGUAGCUAACGCUAUGCUAUAGUGGUUCAAGAUCACAGCGCUGAUGAUCAACAGAUACUCAUCUGCAAGGCGCACCGUGUACACUGGAAGUCAUUGAUUGACGUGCGUUCAAACCACAGCCACUAAUCGUGCACAAAUGUGACAUGUUAAGACUUUGUCACAACGGCUACCGCUGUCUUGCAGCAUCGUGUUAAUAAGUCUCCAGGUGAAUGCGUUUCGCGUCUUGCAGGAACCACGAGAACGACCGAACAGCCUAAUAGUUACACAUACACGGGUCCGACAUGGACGUUGCUCUGCGAAGAGGUUGGAGUCUUAAGACCGCCUUCCCUUUCAUGAUCUCUCGUAGAACUUUGUCGUUGUUUUGGAGAUGUGGCGCCGGUACACCCUGGCCGCCAGCUCCCACAGGGCGACGGGGGGCAGCGGCGCCCCGCCGACCCGCACACUCCGGGGCGAGCGAGGGCACGGAGCGGUCUCCCGGUGCAGCCCCGGAGAGACUACCCUUUUCACGGUUGUCUCAGGAGGAUUUGGCGUUCUUCAGGGAAACACUCCCGGGCGGAGCCAUCACGGAUCCAGACUUACUGGAGGCCCACAACGUAGAUUGGCUCAAAUCCGUUAAAGGUGAAGGUGAACUGUUGCUCAGACCUCAGACCACGGCGCAAGUAUCUGAAAUACUGAGAUACUGUAACGACCGCAACCUGGCGGUGAAUCCCCAGGGGGGCAACACGGGUCUGGUGGGAGGCAGCGUCCCCGUCUAUGAUGAGAUCAUCCUCUCCACAGCGUUACUGAACAACAUCCUGACCUUUGACCCCGUCUCCGGUAUCCUGACGUGCCAGGCGGGCUGUGUGUUGGAGGGUCUCUCGGGUUACCUGGAGGAGCAGGACUUCAUCAUGCCCCUGGACCUGGGUGCGAAGGGCAGCUGUCACAUCGGGGGCAACGUGGCCACCAACGCCGGGGGGCUCCGCCUGCUGCGCUACGGCUCCCUGCGGGGGACGGUGCUGGGCCUGGAAGUGGUGCUGGCAGACGGCCGGGUGCUGGACUGUCUGUCCACUCUGAGGAAGGACAACACAGGAUAUGACCUCAAGCAGCUGUUCAUCGGUUCGGAGGGCACGCUGGGCGUCAUCACCGCCGUGUCCGUCCUGUGUCCGCGGAAACCCAGCGCCGUCCACGUGGCCUUCCUGGGCUGCCAGACCUUUGAGCAGCUGCUGGGAACCUUCAAGCUCUGCAAAGGCAUGCUGGGAGAGAUCCUGUCAGCCUUUGAAUUCCUGGACGCAGCGUGCAUGGGGCUGCUGAACACACACCUGAAACUGCCCAACCCCAUCACAGACUGCCCCUUCUACAUCGUCAUAGAGACGUCGGGGUCCAACUCCGCCCACGACGAGGAGAAGCUCCACAGCUUCCUGGAGGAGGCCAUGACCUCAUCGCUGGUCACUGACGGGACGGUGGCGAGCGACGACACGAAGGUCAAGGCGCUGUGGUCGAUGCGUGAGCGCGUGACGGAGGCCCUGACCCACGACGGCUACACCUACAAGUACGACGUGUCGCUCCCCGUGGAGGGCCUCUACCAGCUGGUCACGGCCACCCGGGACCACCUGGGGAGCCGCGCCAAGAACGUGGUGGGCUACGGACACGUGGGCGACGGUAACCUUCACCUGAACAUCACCGCGUCGGGGCCGGACCCCUCCCUGCAGGGGGCCAUCGAGCCCUUCGUGUACGGCUGGACGGCGCGGGUCCGGGGCAGCGUGAGCGCCGAGCACGGCCUGGGCCUGAAGAAGAGGAACUACAUCUACUACAGCAAGCCCCGCCCCGCCGUGGCCCUCAUGGGACACAUCAAGACCCUGAUGGACCCCCGGGGAAUCCUCAACCCCUACAAGACCCUCCCCGACGACCUGGACUGAGGGGGGGGCUGUCCGCUGGUGGUGGGGGAGUGUCGGGGGCUGGAUGAGGAGGGUCAUGUGUGUGCACGGAGGUGCAGACAUAUCUGUAUUCAUGUGGUAUGCAUUUGCCAUAUUGAAGACUUGAUUGUAUUUACUGGGUUAUUUCUGUGUGUGUGUGUGUGUGUGUGUGUGUGUGUGUGUGUGUGUGUGUGUGUGUGUGUGUGUGUGUGUGUGUGUGUGUGUGUGUGUGUGUGUGUGUGUGUGUGUGUGUGUGUGUGUGUGUGUGUGUGUGUGUGUGUGUGUGUGUGAUGGCUGGUUUAAGCAGCCUCGCCUGGCCCAGUCUGUUUGGACUCUUGGGCUGGGUGAGGCACGUUGAGUAAUCAGUGUGAAACUUGUUUAAACCCGCCGCCGCCUGCACACAAACACGCACUCGAGGUAGAGCUCUCCUGCAUGGCAGUGGAGCACCAGGUCAUGGUCAUUUACUGCAACUUCUACCAUGAACCGGAUUUCAACACCAACGCCCUGCUGUUUCCAGGAGCUCAGAAAGGCCAACUAGGUGGUGGUAGCAGCAGCAACCUUGUAAGGAGGAAUGUGUUUUAAGGUGCAAUCAAUUGUAUGUAUUUUUUACAGACACUCCAAAUUGUAGCUUGAUCUGUUCCCCUCAAGAUUAUAAUCAUUUGUGAAUCCAUAGCUCAUCGACUGUAGAUCAAGGUGGAGUUGUAAUCCGUUUGUACUACCUCUACUAGAGCCGAUGGUUUAACCAUCGUGACGGCUUUAGAAACCUGAAAGUGUGCAUCAACGUGUAACAGUGCAGUAAAUGUUUUAUUAUUACAUAUAAAAAAAAAAAUCAAAGCAACAACACAGCGGACGUCUUGUGAACUUUAUCUGGAAGCCGUCGGUGUGAACGUCGGGUAGAGCGGGGUCGUCUGGAGACCACGCCCGUACUGCAAGGCAUGAUGGGAGAAAAGGGACGCGGGCGACAGGUGCCCUGACGGACAUAUUCUCCUUUCCUGGCUCCUCACCUCCUGUUCCCUCGGCAGUAGACGGCAGGAAACAUACAUAGCAGCUCUUGGUAAUGAUGUGACGGAUGAUUUCUAUAUCAUUAUACUGUUAAUAUAAUAACUAUAAUAAUAAUUGUAUUUUGCCGGUCCUUCCAUCCACUCGACCGCCCAGAGAAGCAGAGAUCUGUACAUGGCGUCUCUUCCAAAUCGGCCAACGUGUUCAGUGCGUGUUUCCCUACUUUACGACUUCAUUAUUUAUAGCUAAUUAAUAGCUCGAUGUAGAGUAUUCCCAUGUGUACAGUCCCUUAAACACAGGCUACAAACCAGGAGUACAUAUCAGUAGUGUGCUGCUAGUAGUAGUAUACGUAGUACAUAAACAUAUUUCAAAAUUGUACUUUGAUUCUGGUGUGUGUGUGUGUGUGUGUGUGUGUGUGUGUGUGUGUGUGUGUGUUCGAUAAGGCUAAAACCAUUGACCUGAUUGUCUUUGAGCGGGAUAUCCCGACAGCAUGUGAAAUAAAAGAAAAACAUAAAAGA